CGUGCCCUCCCGCCGCUCCGGGACCAGCCUGCCGCGUCCCCUGGGCAACCGUCUCCAGGGAGACCGGGCCCCGCCCCCGGCACCGACACCCGAUAAGGAUCUCUCAGAGUCAAGCAAGGGUGGAAUGAUGCUCACUGAUUCCAAAGCAUCUUUAAUCUGCCAGGCAGAGGGGCCUUUGCUGCUGGUCUUUCUUGGACCAUUCCAGAGAGGACAACUGGUGUCUGAGAAGUGAAAAAGCAGGAUGCCCCCGGGGGUGGACUGCCCCAUGGAAUUCUGGGCCAACGAGGAGAAUCAGAGUGUGGCAGUUGACUUUCUGCUGCCCACAGGGGUCUAUCUGAACUUCCCCGUGUCCCGAAAUGCCAACCUCAGCACCAUCAAGAAGGUGCUGUGGCACCGAGCCCAGUAUGAGCCGCUCUUCCACAUGCUCAGUGACCCCGAGGCCUACGUGUUCACCUGUGUCAACCAGACCGCGGAGCAGCAGGAGCUGGAGGACGAGCAGCGGCGGCUGUGUGACAUCCAGCCCUUCCUGCCGGUCCUGCGCCUGGUGGCCCGGGAGGGUGACAGGGUGAAGAAGCUCAUCAACUCGCAGAUCAGUCUCCUCAUUGGCAAAGGCCUGCACGAGUUCGAUUCCCUGCGCGACCCCGAAGUGAACGACUUCCGAGCCAAGAUGCGCCAGUUCUGCGAGGAGGCGGCGGCCCGCCGGCAGCAGCUGGGCUGGGAGGCCUGGCUGCAGUACAGCUUCCCCCUGCAGCUGGAGCCCUCCGCACGGAGCUGGGGGGCUGGCACCCUGCGGGUCCCCAGCCGGGCCCUCCUGGUCAACGUCAAGUUCGAGGGCAGCGAGGAGAGCUUCACCUUCCAGGUGUCCACCAAGGACAUGCCCCUGGCACUGAUGGCCUGUGCCCUCCGGAAGAAGGCCACGGUGUUCCGGAAGCCCCUGGUGGAGCAGCCCGAGGACUACGCCCUGCAGGUGAACGGGAAGCAUGAGUACCUGUACGGCAGCUACCCCCUCUGCCAGUUCCAGUACAUCUGCAGCUGCCUGCACAGUGGGCUGACCCCGCACCUGACCAUGGUACACUCCUCCUCCAUCCUCGCCAUGCGGGACGAACAGAGCAACCCUGCCCCCCAAGUCCAAAAGCCACGCACCAAACCGCCCCCCAUUCCCAUGAAGAAGCCCUGCUCUGUGUCCCUGUGGUCCCUGGAACAGCCCUUCUGCAUCGAGCUGAUCCAGGGCAGCAAAGUGAACGCCGACGAGCGGAUGAAGCUGGUGGUGCAGGCCGGGCUCUUCCAUGGCAACGAGACGCUCUGCAAGACGGUGUCCAGCUCGGAGGUGAGCGUGUGCUCGGAGCCCGUGUGGAAGCAGCGCCUGGAGUUCGACAUCAGCAUCUGCGACCUGCCGCGCAUGGCCCGGCUCUGCUUCGCGCUCUACGCCGUGAUCGAGAAGGCCAAGAAGGCCCGCUCCACCAAGAAGAAGUCCAAGAAGGCGGACUGCCCCAUCGCCUGGGCCAACCUCACCUUGUUUGACUAUAAGGACCAGCUCAAGACUGGCGAGUGCUGUCUCUACAUGUGGCCCUCUGUGCCAGACGAGAAAGGGGAGCUGCUGAACCCUACAGGAACCGUGUGCAGCAACCCCAACACCGAAAGUGCUGCAGCCCUGGUCAUCUGUCUCCCCGAGGUGGCCUCCUGCCCAGUGUAUUACCCUGCCCUGGACAAGAUCCUGGAGCUGGGCCGGCACGGGGAGCACGGGCGCGCUACCGAGGAGGAGCAGCUGCAGCUCCGGGAAAUCCUGGAGCGGCGUGGGUCGGGGGAGCUGUACGAGCACGAGAAGGACCUGGUGUGGAAGAUGCGCCAUGAGGUCCAGGAGCGCUUUCCCGAGGCGCUGGCCCGGCUGCUGCUGGUCACCAAGUGGAACAAGCACGAGGACGUGGCCCAGAUGCUCUACUUGCUGUGCUCCUGGCCAGAGCUGCCGGUCUUGAGCGCUCUGGAGCUGCUGGACUCCAGCUUCCCUGACCGCCACGUGGGCUCCUUCGCCAUCAAGUCCCUGCGAAAACUGACGGACGACGAGCUUUUCCAGUACCUGCUGCAGCUGGUGCAGGUGCUCAAGUACGAGUCCUACCUCGACUGCGAGCUGACCAAAUUCCUGCUGGACCGAGCCCUGGCCAACCGCAAGAUCGGCCACUUCCUCUUCUGGCACCUCCGCUCCGAGAUGCACGUGCCGUCGGUGGCGCUGCGCUUCGGCCUCAUCAUGGAAGCCUACUGCCGGGGCAGCACCCACCACAUGAAGGUGCUGAUGAAGCAGGGGGAAGCGCUGAGCAAACUGAAGGCCCUGAACGACUUUGUCAAGGUGAGCUCCCAGAAGAGCCCCAAGCCCCAGACCAAGGAGCUGAUGCACCUGUGCAUGCGCCAGGAGACCUACCUGGAGGCCCUCUCCCACCUGCAGUCCCCGCUGGACCCCAGCAUCCUGCUGGCCGAAGUCUGCGUGGAGCAGUGCACCUUCAUGGACUCCAAGAUGAAGCCGCUGUGGGUUAUGUACAGCAACGAGGAGGCGGGCAGCGGCGGCAGCGUGGGCAUCAUCUUUAAGAACGGGGACGACCUCCGCCAGGACAUGCUGACGCUGCAGAUGAUCCAGCUCAUGGACAUUCUGUGGAAGCAGGAGGGGCUGGACCUGAGGAUGACCCCCUACGGCUGCCUGUCCACCGGCGACCGCACGGGCCUCAUCGAGGUGGUGCUGCACUCGGACACCAUCGCCAACAUCCAGCUGAACAAGAGCAACAUGGCCGCCACGGCCGCUUUCAACAAGGACGCCCUGCUCAACUGGCUCAAGUCCAAGAACCCCGGGGAGGCCCUGGACAGAGCCAUUGAGGAGUUCACCCUCUCCUGCGCUGGCUACUGUGUGGCCACAUACGUGCUGGGCAUCGGCGACCGGCACAGCGACAACAUCAUGAUCCGCGAGAACGGGCAGCUGUUCCACAUUGAUUUUGGCCACUUCCUGGGGAAUUUCAAGACCAAAUUUGGAAUCAACCGUGAGCGAGUCCCGUUCAUCCUCACCUACGACUUUGUCCAUGUGAUUCAGCAGGGGAAGACUAAUAACAGUGAGAAAUUUGAAAGGUUCCGUGGCUACUGCGAGAGAGCCUACACCAUCCUGCGGCGCCACGGGCUGCUCUUCCUCCACCUCUUCGCCCUGAUGCGGGCGGCAGGCCUGCCGGAGCUCAGCUGCUCCAAAGACAUCCAGUAUCUCAAGGACUCGCUGGCCCUGGGGAAGACAGAGGAGGAGGCGCUCAAGCACUUCCGGGUGAAGUUCAACGAGGCCCUCCGGGAGAGCUGGAAAACCAAAGUGAACUGGCUGGCCCACAACGUGUCCAAAGACAACAGGCAAUAGCAGGCCUCCGGCGGCACACGGACCCCUCCCUGCCGGGCUCGGACGUGAGCAAACCGUCCGUCUGGGGACCAGGCGCCAGCAGGCGUCCUUGGGGCCCGAGAGCCAGGACUGCGCCCAAUGGGAAAGGACUCUCCCAACUGCCUUGUGUUUACACUGGUUAUUUAUUAAUGACUUGAAACGUUUCAGGAACUAAACAGCCAUACGUGGAAAUGCAUCCUUUGUGCAGGGGAGGGUGCUGUCCUCAGCGUCCCCAGCUUUGCUAAGACACUGUGAGGUGGGCACCUGGAGACAGCACCUUGUGGAGGACGGUAAUCCCAAGUCUUCCAGCAGGGGGCUCUGGACCCAGCAGACUCAUCCCCGCUGGGGAGCUCCCUUCCCAGGGCUCCCGGGACUUUACCUGGUGCCUGCUGUCCAGACGGGGCGCCCACCCGUCCACCUUCACGCCCUCCACUGACUGAGUUCUGGGCAGCUCCCUGAGGUAGCCUGGUACCCUCUCGAUUCAGGGAUGCUUGCUUUCAAAGUGACUCUUGGGUACGGGAUUUCUCUUAGCGUUCUGCUGUAAAGUGAGUUGGUUUGCGGGUAAGAAAAUAGCCAAACUACUUAUGGAACCUCUGUGGCUCGGGAGAACAGCCUCAGCCCCACAAAGUAUACUAAAUGUUGGUCCUCAAGACGUAUUUAAAGAAACCUGAGCUUGAUUGAGCUCAUCCUGGUCGGGGGAAGCAGGUCAGAGCAUUUGUCGGCACCCGGAGCUUCCUCUCGAAACAGGUUCCAGGGAAGGAGCUGACCUUUCCCAGAACGCUCACCAGGCGCCCGAGUGUGAGUUAGGGGCGUGGUGAUUUUCUGUGACAAUAUCCGUAGCCUUAGGUGGACCUGGGUAGCUCUCGAAAGGCACAUUCCUGGGUUUGUCUGCAGCUGGCUCUGGAGACGGGCAGGAACCUGGGCCUUUGGAAACCCACGGGGACCCCAGUGAAGUGACAGCCGACCUGGGACCCCCCCCCCCCAGGCCUCGUGGGCUCAGGGAGCCGCUAGCAGCUGCCCUCUCAGCAGCCCAGGGACCAGCUUUCUUUUGGGAGGUGCAGUCCGCGAGCCGUCGGUAUUGCCCAGACUCCACGGCCAAGGGCUGAAUGCCUCAGACCCACCUCGCCGCCCGAGUAGGAGAAGCCGGGUGUAUGUCUGUGUGUUAUUUAUUUAAAGGAGUCUGUGCUCCCUGGCGCGGACAGACACUUUGCAUAGACAGAGCAAUUUCUGACUCGGGUGCACAGCCUGUGUGCCUGGUGAGAAGAAUACUAUCUAUUUUUUUAAAUCAUUUCAUGUUUCUGUGUGGGGGAGGGGAGUUCGACGUAGCAGAUGUAGGCUGACAACCAGCACUCUGAAACCUUGAACUGAGAGGUACAAGCGGAUUAAAAGAAAUAAAAAGGCCUUCGUGUUGCGUCCUCAGCUCCAGAGGAAACGGGGAUGCGGGGUCAGAAAGCACACGCGUCCCACUGGAGUCACACCAGAACUUUAUUGCACGG